UUGGAAACGGUCGUGCGCCACUGUGCAGUGAGAAUUAUUAUUCACGUCUCACACGGCAACAGCCGUUGUGUGAUAGCCAAUAGUUUCGAACAACUCAUAGUAAACGAGUUGUUAGCGUUUAUUGAAAAUGCCAACGACACAAUGGACGAAGUCAGCAUUCUGCAGAUCUGCAAGUCGAACUUCAAGGAGGAUGAGAUUUGCAGUGGCAAGGUACUGUUAUUCCGGUAUGUCGGGAAGGCCGACAAGAUGCCAUCACGACGGAGGGAUGGUACUGAGAAGACUGUGCAGGAUAUCAUCACCCUGCUGAAGGAAACCGAUCCAGACGACGAGCCUACAUUCGUGGCGAAGGAGCUGCACAAGCUGCCCCCCGUCACGUUCGACCACGUCGACGUCACCAGGCUGUUGAAGGAUAUUAACUUCCUGAAAGCGAGCUUGGCCGAUGUAGUAAACAAGUUAGAGUACUCAAACAACACCAUCGGUGAGUUGCGGGCUCAGGUAGCGUUAUUCAGUAACGCUGUCAGUGCAAGUAGGUCAGCCGAGGCCUCUAACGUGAACACACGUCGUGGGGCGCAAAAUGCAUCCGUCGGCAGUAUAGAGUCGAUGCCUACUAGUGCCGCCGUUACCGCGCGCGAUUUCCCGCGCCCGACCGUCGCCGCCUGCCCCUCUGCCUCGCCGGAAAAGUCACGUGCAUGCACGUCUACACAGCAACGUGCUUACGCAGCUGCUGCCGCCAGCCAGCCUGUCGAUGUUCAAGCAAAAGAGAAGAGUAGCAAUCCCUGUGUCCAACGUGUUACUCCGGCUGCAUCACAAAAUCAGAUUUGCGACGAAGAGGGCUUCAUCAAGGUGGAAAGGAAGAAGAAGAAGCCCGCUCGCCGCAAUUUGUGUGGUGUUGCCCCGACUGGACCGAACAACCUGCUGCGUCCUGCAAUACCGACGACGCCGCUAUACGUGUCCCGACUGCAUUACUCUACGAAGGAAGAGGAGAUCGUGGAGUACCUGCGGAUAAAGACCAAGUUCUCCCUGAGAGUCGUACGGUUGGAGUCCCGUCACAAUGUGAAUUUUAAUUCAUUUGUGGUGAGGGUGCCGACUGAACAUCUGGCGACUUUCAUGAAGGAGGAUCUUUGGCCGAAAGGUGUAGUGUUCUGGUGCUUCCGAGGUCGGUUACCUGACACCACUUCGCGUCACACGUCGCCAUCUAUACGUGUUAGUAAAGUGUUUUUAUAUCUGUAUGUAUGUUAG